UUGAGUCCAGAUGCAACAGGGAGGUUUGGUUGAACGCCCGUCAUCACGUCAGAGUCAACCCCCUUUUCUGCUUGGACUGCUCCAGUUCACGUCUGAAAAAAAUCUGUUAGUUGCUGAAGAGUUCUUCAUGUCAGGGACUGCUGUAGCCUCGGCACACAGAGCACUGUAGCUCCUGGAUCACCUAAGAUAAGCAAAUGGAUCAGAAAGAGCUGAGUGAUCCACUCAACAGCGUUUCAUUGAUUAAAGAUGAUCUGACCAAGUCCAACAUGGGUUCUUCUGGUGAAGCCGAGAAAAUGAUUCAGCGCUUGAAUGACGAGCUUCGAGAGGCCCGGGAGAUAGCCAACACAGAGAAGCAGAAAUGCAUGGAGCUACAAGGUGUUCUGGAAGAAGAGAAGAAAGGGCAUAAACAACAAGCUGAGCAAUCUUCCAAACAGAUUAAACAUCUCCAAGGCCAGCUGCAGCAGCUCCAGGAUGAGGUGGAUGUUCUAAGGGAGCAGAUAAAUGUCUCCUCCGGUUCACAUGACGAUCUGCAAAGAGCACAAGAUGAGAUGAAGUCACUGAAACGGGCCCUGGAGGCAGCCUCUGCAGAGCGGGACCGCGAUGUCACUGCUGUCCAGUCUAACCUGGUAACUGCUUCCAAGGAUCUGGACAAGUGGCGUCAGACUGCCAGCAAAUACGAGCGGGAGAUUGAGGACCUGCGACGUGAUCUGGACCAGCAAAGCAAGCAGUGGCAGAAAACAGCAGAGAUACAAGCCAAUGAGCUGCAGUCUAUGCAGAUGGAGUGUAACGGUCUGCAGAAAGAGUGCUCCGUCCUGCGAUCCGACAAACAGGACAUGGUGAAUAAGCACCAGAAAGAAAAGAACAGUCUGCAAAGUGAGUAUGCCUCUCUGAGGGCAGAGAAGGAGGAGAUCGUUAAGGCCCACCAGAAAGAAAAAGCCAGUGUGCAGAGUCAAUGUGCAGCACUGCACAGUGAAAAAGAGGCGUUGCUGCAGAAACAGCAGCAGCUGGAGCAGGACCUUGUCAGUUUGCGUGGCCAGAAUACUGACCUGAAUAGCAAACUCAAAGUCCUGGAGGAAUCCCAGCAGGAGUUGGAGAGGAACCUGGUGGCCGCACAACUUCAGCACCAGCAGGAUAACUCCAAGCUGCAAACCCAGCUGGAUGAGGCAGAAAGUCGCAGCAAGGCUCUGCAGAAAGAGCAUGAGGAGGCUCAGAUGGAACUGUCUGACCUAAAGGAAAGAUACGAGAAGACUGAGCAGGAGAAACAGACACUGACAGACCAACUGGAGGAAUUCAAAGCUGGCAUGAAGGAUUUACAGGAGAAAGGGUCAAACAAGCCGUGGAUGAUCUGGGGGCCAGUGGUUGCUGUGGCUCUUACAGCUGUGACGGCCGCGGUGCUCUUCAGGACCUGAGGGCAAACUAUCCACACAAACACACGCAGAGGUUUAUCCUUAUUUGAUUUGUUCAAAACUUGCCCCCUUUACAUAUCUGUUCCGGUAAUCAGGUGGGCUCAUAUUUAACAGUUUUUCUUGCUAAGAUGCUUUAUUUUAGAUGGAAGAGAUGUUUCUAAAAGAAUGUGAGUUUUUAUGUGUGUAAUGAUGGGAAUUUAGUUGGACCGUGUCAAGUUUACUAUUUUGACUCAUAGGAUUAUCUGUUAAUGAAUGUAAAACUUAAACCAUGCUUAUCUAAUUCUACUUAGGUAUCUUUAAUUAUAUUUAAGGUCAAUCACUUUGAGUUUCUCUACUCAUAGCACAUUUUUUGUUAUUGUUAGAAUAAUAAAGUUGUCACAAUAACAUCCCCUAACGGAGUGCACACUGAAGGAAAUGUUGGUUGAUGGUGUUGGAUGUGUUUGCAGGACCAGAGGCAGAGUUUAGACGAACCAUAUUUGGUUACAUUUUUUGUUUCAGAGGGCAUCAUUAAACACAACUGCAGCAACUUGA